UGAGGGUCAUGUGACCAACUAUAAUUUUACAGGAAGAGAGCAGAUAACUUUUUAAAAACGGACUUAUCGUUGUUCCUCAAAGUUUUCCUGUCGGCUAAAAUAUAUUUGCCAUUGAUUUCUUUGGUCACUGCCUCAAACCGAGAGCUCCGUUCACUUUCUCAAGAUGUCUUGUGAAGUCUGUACGACUUGAGACAAUUUGGGGAUAUGUGCACUCCACAAGUCCGGAUGCGCUUGUAGUGCAUGUACUUAUUACACAAUUCAAAGAAAACUUUUUUCUUUUUUUUUUUUUUGAGAUUUGAAUUUGCAGUGGAUCGUGCAGCUUUAAAGAAGCCUAAAGUUUGAGCACGGUUUGGACUUGAGCAACACGUAAUGCACAAGAGGCAGACAGUAUGGAGAAACUGACCUCAAGCUGUGGAUCCGGGGGGUGGGCUGGUAGUGCGUUUCUCUUCCUUCAGUCGAACCUCCAACAGGUAGAUCUUCCAGCCUUGUACAAAGACCCGGAACAGAAAAUCAACGUUUUCAAAGCUCUUAAGCUAACACUAUCAGAUUCCGCGGGUGGCCUGGAUGGAUAUGAAAUUCUGAAAGUACAUGACACUGAAUCAGCCCUGAUAAUCCAGAUCAAGUUCUCUGACGAGAUACACUGCACAGCGUUUCUCGAGAGCUACACCAGCGGAGGGCUCAAGCAGUUUUUGGGUCAGCACCUGAAGGCUGUGCUCCCCGUCACAGAGGAACUGGAGUUUGAUACUAAACUCAAAGCUGGCAGCAAAACACUGGACGAUUUUCUCAAAGAUCGAGAUCGCUGUCUGCUCUGCAUCAAGGAGGCCCAGCCUGAUCGGCUGAGGGAUGAUGAAGUAGCCCAGCUGGAGACGACUCUCCAGAGUUUGAUGCUGAAUAACAGGCAUCCCUCUGAAGCCGUGCACAACGGCUCCUCCUCCUCAUCCUCCGAGCCUCUGUCCCCGGCAUUACCCCUGAACUCCAGGGAAGAAGGCUCUCUGCUCCCGAGCCACAGUUUCAAGUUCCAAGGAAGAGUUUACGAUGACAGACGGCUGACCUCCUCGGAUCAUCAGAAGUUUGCCUUUGUAAUCGGCAAGCAGUGGAAGAAGGUGGGCCGCUCUCUGCAGAAAGGAUGCAGAGCCCUGAAAGACCCUGCCAUCGAUAACCUGGCCUAUGAGUUUGACAGGGACGGCCUCUAUGAGCAGGCCUACCAGAUGCUCAGCAAGUUCCGCCAGUCCGAGGGGAAGAAAGCCAAGCUGAGCAGGCUGAUUAGCGCCUUGGAGGAGAACGGGCUGAUGGGAAUCGCAGAGCAGAUGCUGGAUAUCCAGCCCGCAGAGAGGCAGUGAGCCAAGUGCAGGACGAACCCCCUCCUCUUAACUCCGUUUUUUUUUCCGGAACUUUGAAUGAAAACCGUUGUUUUUUCAGUUUUCGGAAAAACUUAUUUCAAGAAGUAAUAGGUCCCAAACAUAACAGAGGGCGCUAAAAGUAAUAUAUAUAUAUAUAUAUAUAUAUAUAUAUAUAUAUAUAUAUAGCAGGGUUUUACAUCAGCUAAAUAAAAUCCUGUGCAGAAAGCACGCUGCUCCUGCGCUUCCAACACCAUUCGAGCUGCUAAUAAUAAUAGCUCACAGACUCUGAGCUGAAUCUGACUGCAAAGAUUUCAAAGGUGCAGCUCAGAGCACCUCAUUAUUGCAGACUCCGAGAAAGAAUCUGUGUUAGGAGUGAUAUUCCAAUUUACAACUGGUGAUCAUGUAUUCACCGCCAGACACUGCUUGCUGCGUUAGUACUAUUUUUAAAUUAGACAGGCAGGUGUUUAGUUCUUGUACAAGUAUGCAUGAUUGUUUUUUAUUAUUCUUUUAUGGGAAAGGCUAAUGUAAUCUGUAAUCGCAGUGUAAUAAUUGAAUUAGCCGGCACACCCUUGGCUUGGAACCUUAAAUUAAAGCACAAUUACAGCCAGUAAUGGCACUGCAGAUCAAUAUUAGGAACGGCAGCGUCUGUCAGCACGGCACUGCGAUGAAGAUGAGCCCCUGCUUUAGUGUCAACAGCUUCCACAGAGGCAAGGGAGUUCUCUUUCCAGGGAAUGCAGCCCUGCUGUAGAACAUGCAGACACGGGUUAUGCAGUUUUUCUGUUCAGUGCUUCAAAGACUGACGUUGUCUUCAGGCUUAAGCUCUAAUCGUGAAUCUAUUUUCAUAAAGCUCUGGGUGGUUAUCCAGCUUCCUCCAUCCAUGCUUUCUCACUCGACAGUGGGAUGAAGGCAGCUCAUUCACCUGCAUUAGAAAACAGUAGCAAAGCUUCUGCCCUGUCUGCCCUUAGCACUAACCUGUUUCCACAGCUCGAAUGAAAUCUGUUUUUUCGUACAGUCUGACAAUAAAUGUCAGUUGCUGUUGUUUUGUUUUGUUUUUUUAAACACGUGCAUCUAUGCAUCGUCGAGUGUGCUUUUGUAUUGUUUUUGUAUCGUGAUUCAUGUGUGUGGGGUGUUGCUUAUUAUAACAGAAAUUCCCACAAUCAGAGACAGCCUCAGCGUAUUAAUUUAUUAAAUAUGUUGCACUUACUGUAUAUAGCGCCUUUCUAGACCAGAUCCCCUCAAAGCAAUGAACACAUUUUAGCAGGGCAAGCAUGACUAAAAAUGAGGAGUUUAACCCUUUCAGUCCUGAACUCCUUUAUUGAGUUUACACGAGAACAGGACAAACAUUUUUUUACAUAUAUUUAGUUAAAAGGGACUUUUAGGAUUCUAAACGGUGUUAAGUGAAGGAGGGACCCUGAGGUCCUGCAGGACUGAAAGUGUUAACAUUAUUAACCCAUUAAGUGACGUUGUCCUCGUUUGAGGACAGGCUCUAUAAUUUUUGACUGUUACUUAAAUUUUCUCUUUCCUAUAUGGUUAUGAUAACUUACUCUUAUGUUGUUAACGGCAAAAGUGGAGUCUAAAUGUAACGUAUCAAAUUCCAUGCAGCUUGUGUUGUGAUGUUUUCAAAGGAAAAUGAGUGUGGUUCAUGGGUUGAAGAAACAUGUUAGUUUAACCCUGUAAGUGCUGUUGGUUUCUCCAGCAGUGUUGUAGUCUGGUGUGUGUGACAAGGCUUUGGAACUCGUUUAUUUGUGGAUGUCGGCAUUCAUAGCAGCAGCAUUCUUUUUUUUUCAGCAGUGGAUUAUUUAAAAGUUUUUUAUAAGACAUAAUACUGAUGAUGGGCAAAAAACAAAUACAGGCGGAUCUUAAAUGGUACCUUCUCAAAGUCAAUCUUUUUUUUUUUUUCCACUUGUGGUUUGUUUCAGGAAAUCUGACCUAUUUUCAGAGUUACCAGAGGAAGCUGUUUUGGUAAACAUCUCAACUGUUUUUUUUUUUAUUUUUUUAUUAUUAUUCUUUUUUUUUGUUUAAUCCUUUCAUGUGCGAAAUAUUGAAAAUAGCUGACAGAAAAAGUAGUUUUGGACACAUAAUACAUAUAUUUUUCAUUGGAAAUGUUUUCAAUUUUUUUGGGAGGAAAAAUGGCAUCCUCAUAUGAGAUCGUCAUGCAUUUGCGUCUCCCGUAAGUCCCCAUAUAAAGACUAGAAGAGAGGUUUCCGUAUUUGGUUUGUGAGUCAAUGCUGUUGUCUUGAUGUUUUCUAGUUUGUAAUUGCUUUUCUUGAUGCAUUCCAAUGACUUGUAUCUUCCACUGUGUUCAAUACCCACCUCUCUAUAAGGGUGUCGCUCACAGGCAGGAGCUUCCUUCUCAAAAUCAUUUUCAGGUUCAGGUGGUUCACAUCUUGUCUUGUGUUGAAAAUAUUACCCAGUCUCAAUCUACAUAGUGUACAAAUAAUUAGUGAAAGCAGUUCUCUGGCUAGCUCACUUGGUAGAGCAUCGGACUCUGAUGCCAAGGAUAAUUGGUUUAAAUCCAACUUGAGGCACAGGUGUUACUCUCUUGUUUAGAAAAAUAAUUGUUUAAUUUGCCUUAUAGACCUGUAAGGUUUAGCUUUAAAUCCAGUUCAAGUCACACAAUAAACCCAGCUGAAAAUCACCACUUAUCCCCAGGUCCAUGUCACAAAAUGUAAUAAUGUGUAAUAAUAUGCCAGCUUUACUCUUGGUGCAAUGUGACAAUUCAGUGAAAUGCUGUGCUGGUCUUCCAUGGGGGACUGGGUUCAAAUCUAGCAAACCCAGUGGUUUGAGAGUAAUAAAAAUAUAUACAAAAGAAUAAAUUAAAAGUUAUAGCCCAGCAAAUAUCAAGCGUUGCCAAAAACAAUAUUUUUAGCUUGCAGCAAAAACUUUUUUUUAUUAUUAAGAUUUAUUUCAAUACCACCGUAAAUCUCUUUCAAUAGAAAUUAUUGCCCAACUAGGUACCUACUACACAGUAUAAUAUCAGGCCAACAGUUGAAGUACAGUUUCAUAGCAGUACCAGCAGAGGGCGCUGUUGAAGCUUUGUUUCAUAUAGUUCUAUUGACCACAACGCGUAGGGUCACCUGUGUUUAUUGCAGGGUACCCACCUGUGUCUCUUCUAAUCCAGGCCAAGCCUGGAUUCCACUCACAGGGUGGAAAACGCAUGUAUUUUAUUUUUAUAAUUUUUUUGUUAUUCGAGAAAAUGUAAAAUAUCUCCAAAAUACAUCAUAAUCAGCUGUUUAUUAAUGAUGAUGCUAUCAGCUAUCGUUCAGCGUUUAUAUUAAAUUAACAUAAAAUAGAACGCACGGUGGGGUGUUAGAAAGGUUUUGUUAAACCUUAUUAGAUGACUUACAUAUAUGACAAUAGUACUGCUUCUGAAGCCCCAGGGACGAGGCUGACUGUAUAGAAUAAUACAUGGGUGGAUUGUCGUGAUCCCUUUAAAGGGGUUCUGGUCAGCACAUACAGGCGUGUGUUCAUUCAAUUAUAAUGGGUGACAUGAUAUAAAUACCACCACCGUUUGAGGGAUGGAAGUAAGAAGUGUGUGGAGUAGUGGUUAGGGCUCUAGACUCUUGACCAGAGGGUUGUGGGUUCAAUCCCAGGUGGGGGACACUGCUGCUGUACCCUUGAGCAAAGUACUUUACCUAGAUUGCUCCAGUAAAAAAAAAAAAAAAAAAAACAACCCCAACUGUAUAAAUGGGUAAUUGUAUGUAAAAAAAAAAAUAAUGUGAUAUCUGUAUAAUGUGAAAUGUUGUAACAAUUGUAAGUCGUCUUGGAUAAGGACGUCUGCUAAGAAAUAAAUAAUAAUAA